AUGGGGAAUGAUUGCUCAAGUGCUUGUAACGUAUGCAAAAAUUCGGAAACUGUUAUAGAUGCUACUUCGUUUCCAAACGAUUUAAAAUAAUAUGAAAACUCUAAGAAUUUAGAUUAUACCAAUGCAUCCAAUUAAUAAUAAUAAUAACAAUCACUAUAAUAACAGAACUUUAGUUAAUUUUAACAUCAACCUCUCGUGACUGAAGAAGUACAUUCUCCUCAUCCAGAAUAGUUUAGAUCUAAUACAUAAUUACAAUAAUACUUCUCAUAAGCUGACAAAUAAGAAACAACUAAUUAUCAUAAUGAUUAAAAUACAUAUCCUGAAAGAAGACCACCAUUUACUUUUAGAAGUGGAGCUAUAUAUGAUGGAGAAUGGAGAGGUUAAGUAAGAGAAGGUUUUGGACUUUAAAUAUGUAAUUAUAUGAUUCUAAAAUUAGGGCCUGAUGGAGCUAGAUAUGAAGGAUAAUGGAAGGAUAAUAAAGCUUGUGGUUAAGGAAAAUUUUGGCAUGUUGAUGGAGACAUUUAUGAAGGUGAAUGGAAAGAAGAUAAGGCAAAUGGUUUUGGAGUUUAUAUACAUGUGAAUGGAGCUAAAUAUGAAGGAUAAUGGAAAGAUGAUUUAUAAGAUGGAAAUGGAGUUGAAACUUGGGCAGAUGGAUCUAAAUAUGAAGGUAGUUAUAAAGAAGGAAAAAAACAUGGAUUUGGUAAAUACAUUUGGAAUGAUGGAUCAUCAUAUGAAGGUAAUUGGAUGGAUAAUAAAAUUUGUGGAAGAGGUAUCUAUUGUUGGACUGAUGGCAGAGUAUAAUAUUUAUUAUAUUAUAAGAAAUAUGAUGGUGAAUGGUUAAAUAAUAAUAUGCAUGGUAGAGGAGUCUAUACUUGGAGAGAUGGUAGAAGAUAUGAAGGCGAAUAUUAAUAUGAUAAAAAACAUGGUUAAGGAAUCUACAUUUGGGCAGAUGGAAGAAGUAUUCAAAUAUAAUAUUAUAUAAGAAUAUGAUGGAUAAUGGGCAUAUGGAAAAUAAAGUGGUUAAGGAAAGUAUCAUCUUCCUGAUGGAACUAUUCGUCUGGGUCUAUGGGAAGAUGGUAAAAGAAUUAAAUGGCUAGAAGAAGAUUUAUCAGUGAAUAAAAGUAAUCAUUAACGUUACUGA